AUUAGGCGUUUUUUUAUCUAUAAAAGCGCCCCUUCCACGCCUUGGAAAACCUUCUUUCGCUUCUCAUCUCAACCGUCUUCUUUCGUCUGCGGGUUCCGUUUCUUCAACGCCGCCAGCUAAGUUUUCUUCCCUUGCAAUCUCCGCCAACGCUUUUUGAUAGAUCUGUGCUUUUCGUUUUUGUUAAGACAUCAAUAGGUGUUUUAGAUCUUCAGAUCUGAUCCAGAUUUGGGGGUCGAGAUUUUGAAUUUCAUCGUCUUCCAUUCUUUCUUCGGUUAGGGGGUCGAAAUUGGGGUUUUUAUAUAAAUCACCCAUGAAUUUUCUAUGAGUUGCCAUAUCCUGAUGCGUCGAAUUCGAAUUCUGCACUCUUUCUCCGUUGUGUUUCUCUACUGGUUCUACGUGUUUUCAUGAAAAAUCUGCCUGUGUUGAUCCCGAUCUGGAAGUGCUAAUCCAUAUUCUUUGGUUUCUGUUCCGACUCUAGAAAUUCGGAUAAUUUGUAUUAAUUUUAAUUAGCGAUUUAAGGAAAAACAGCUGAAAAUGUCAUCCAAGAAAAGGCCAACGACCAGCUCCGGAUCCGACAGCGAUCCCCGCUAUGCAAUGGUCGAUGAGAGGAAGAGGAAGAGAAUGAUCUCGAACCGUGAAUCGGCUAGGCGUUCACGGAUGAAGAAGCAGAAGCAGCUGGAGGAUCUGAUCAAUGAAGGGAGCCAGUUGCAGAACGAGAUCAAUCAACUCACGCAGAGUAUCAAUACUACCAGCCAACGUUAUGUGGAGAUAGAGUCGGGCAACAACGUUCUGAGAGCUCAAGCGAUGGAAUUGACUGAUAGGCUGCGGUCCCUGAAUUCAGUGCUGCAUAUUGUGGAGGAAGUCAGCGGGAUGGCUGUGGAGAUUCCGGAGAUUCCUGAUCCUCUGCUGAAGCCAUGGCAUGUUCCUUGCCCACUACAGCCCAUUAUGGCCUCUGCUGAAAUGUUCCAUUGUUGAUCAUUCUCCCAUAUGGGUCUUGGAAGGAAGGAGUAUUGCUGUCUUUUAUCUUUUUGGCCGUCUGUCUGUCCUUUUGUAGAAAGUUGGGUCAAUGUUUGUGUCUUUGAAUGACAGUACCAUUCUUCUUCACAAGAUAUGGUACAUUUGGAUUUCUUCUAUCAAUGUUUGGGACUUUUAGUAGUUCUCUUAUGUGUGUGAUGGUUUUGGUUCUGGUAUUUUCCUGAUCAAUGGGUGUUUGUAUUUGUUGUUGUUUUGAAUGAAUUCAGCAUUCUAGUGAUAUGUGUGGUGAGU